AUGCCACUGCACAAAACAAACAUCAAUGGCGCUGCUGUCUCCCGCCUGCUGCCUUCCUUUGUCUCCGCAUCGCAAUUGCAUCUGCAUUUGCAUCAGCAGUCGUUGCCCCUUCCUUCUGUCGUGGGAUCGCUACUUAACGAAUGCUAUUUGCUCGGUAUUGAGAUUCUUGCUCACAAUCUUAGACCAACGAUCCCGUCGCAUCGCAACACAACACAGCGCUCGCUAUUCCGAACCCUCCCCAUCGUUCGACAUUACAACUCAGCCAUGACCAAGAUGACCAAGGUCUCCAGGUUGUAUUGGGAGGCUACGUGCCGGCCCCCGACCAAAAUACCGCCCUCGCAAAUUUCCGACACGCCCAAAUCGAUCGUCCAAACCCUAUCUUUGACGGGAGACGAUCUCGAGCGUGUCAAGAAGCUGCUGGAUCCCGCUCCAGCGCCGCUCCCCGAACCGCUCCCGAACAAGGAAUACGAGGCCCCCUUGGUGCAUCCGUUGAGUUGGGAGCUCACGUACAGCAAGGAAGCAAAAGCACGAAUCCAAGGCCAAGAGAAACCUGCUCCCGAAUCCCUUCCGCAUCCGUUUCCAUGUUACCAAACCGACAUCCCUCGCAACACGAUAGGCACCCCGCGUCUUGCACCCAUCUUCGCGAGACAACCUGCAAGACGUCCUCAAGGGCCGUCAACUAAGAAUCGAGUCCGUUCAAAGCUUUCGAGCGCUGCCAAGGACGACGAGGCGCUUAACCCCCACGGCAAAUCGGACGUCAUAUGGCGAGAGACUAGAAUUCAGCUUGACGUUGUCGAUAGAGCCCACGAAAAGCUCAAGAAGUCGUAUGUGGACUUUGAACAUGCCGUCAAGUCUGCUGAGGACAAGAAGAAGUGA